AUGACACAAGUGAAACUAAAGACCAAACACGCUAUUCGAUCAAUUAUUCUCCCUCUCAGGGAAGCUACUUAUGUGGUGGGUUUGAAGUGUUGUGUUACCGGGCUCUGUGACUAUGGUUUUGAUAAGUGGCAACAACAAAGGGUUGGGCUGUGUAAAGUGAUCUCCACAUAUGAUAUGGAGAGGCUGCUUAGUGUCUUACAACAAACAAAUGAUGAGAGGGCGAAAGCACAAGGUAUAACAGUGCUUCAGAAUUCGCACCAGCAAGUAAACAAGAAUGUUGAAAGUGGGCGGACACAGAAUGUGGUCAAUACUGGCUUGACCAAAGCAAUGACAACAAUGGAUGAAUUCAAGUGUGGAUUUCCAUCAGGAGGCUUAUCAGUCACUUCAAAUAAAUGGUGGGGAAAUAGGGACCAUGAUGAUUGUGCAGGAACUAAUGCCAAUGGAGCAAAGACUCUACCUGAGGAGAAAGCAGGGGAAGAAGACAAGAUCGAACAUGAAACAGGGAAAACAGAAACUCCUCAUGGUUCAUCUUUAUUGAAAGCUGUGAGGAAAAGGGCUGUGGAAGAUGGAAGAGAAGCAUUGAAAUUAGGAGUUUUUGGAGGCUAUGGCGCAAAAAAGAUAAGCAAAAGGGAGAAAAUAUUGCUCCACCAAAUAUUCGGAUCUUCGUUGCCAAAGUCAUGA